GCCUACUCGGAUUUCAUAAAACGUGGCUGGCCGUAUCGGUGAUUCACAAGCGACUAAACUCGCAUUCUGUAUUAGGACAUUGAGACAGACCUUAAGAAAAAGACACUUGUAUUGUAAACAUCAGUACACAGCGACUUCAACAAUUUCCUGGAUUGAGAGUCAUGGCAAACGCCCAGCUCAUUAGGACAACCCAACGCACGUGUGGUGCAGCCACGCGACUAGCCGCACGCUGCCCGACACCGGGCCCCUGCCCUUACACACGGCUACAACCACAUCCCCGGCAAUGCUGCGAUGUGCUACGACCGCGGAAAUCACCUCGCCGUACCGUUGUACGGUCUUCCCCGGACGAGGUGUACGACAACCUCUUCAACAGCCCAGUCUUCCGCAGCGAACUCGUCAUGAAGGAGUUUACAAACCUAGUAAAGGAGGUGACGGGCCUCUCGGGGAUGGCGGCCAAGUUCCCAGACUUUGACCUUGCAGGCAAACGGAUGUACCUAGAUAGGAUGCAGGAGGUGUCGGAGCGCUACGAGGUCUUCAUCAAGCGGUUGGAGCUGUCCCAGGACCCGGCUGCGCGGGAGUACCUGCGCUCCACCAACGCACAGAUGCUGGAGGGCGGGUUCACACUCAACCAGAUGUUCGUCGGGUUAAAGCAAAGCCUGGAUGACUAUCGUCGUUGGGUUGAGCAGGAGGAGCGGGUCAGCAGCGACCCAGUGGCGCACCAGCAGUUCCUGAAGCACUUUCGCGAGAUGUGGGCUACUGGCGUGCUGGGUCGAGUGGACCUGAGCUACUUGCUGCAGAGCACCGACCCAGGGGUCAUUCUGCGAGCCCAAAGAGACCCAAAGUUUUGGUUGGCCAUCAAGGAGAUCACGGGCAGCCCCACCCCCGAGGUGAUGGCCCGCUGGCUGGACGACCCAAACAUCGGGCCGCUGGUGGCGGAGCUGUGGAAGAGCAUGC